AUGGUAACAGUUCGCAUCUGUGUAUGCGGUGACGAGAGCACGGGAAAGUCGAGUCUCAUCGCUUCUCUCGUCAAGGACCAGUUCAUGACCAACAAGAUCCAACCCGUCUUGCCGCAAAUCACCAUCCCCCCAAGCAUCGGGACCCCGGAGAAUGUCACCACCACCAUUGUCGACACCUCUGCUCGCCCGCAAGACCGAACCACUCUGCGCAAGGAAAUCCGCAAAAGCAAUGUCAUUCUCCUCGUUUAUGCCGACCACUACAGCUACGAAAGGGUAGCCCUCUUUUGGAUGCCCUACUUUCGAUCACUCGGCGUCAACGUCCCCGUUGUCCUGUGUGCCAACAAGUCUGACCUCGCCGGCCAAGGCAACACUCCUCAGAUUGUCGAAGAGGAGAUGCUGCCGGUCAUGGCCGAGUUCCGCGAGAUCGAUUCCUGCAUCCGCACCAGCGCUCGCGAACACAAAAACGUCAACGAGGUUUUUUUCCUAUGCCAGAAAGCAGUCACCCACCCCAUUGCUCCGCUCUUCGACUACAAGGAAGGACGUCUCAAGCCCGCCUGCGUGGCCGCCUUGAAACGAGUCUUCUUCCUCUGCGACAAGGACCAGGACGGACACCUGAAUGACGAGGAGAUGCGAGAUUUCCAAGCCCGCUGCUUCGACAAGCCUCUGACUAGCGAUGAUCUCGAUAACAUCAAGCAAUCCAUUUCCCGGACAAUGCCAGGCGCCAGCAUGGAAAGGGGUAUUGACCAGGACGGAUUCCUGCAGCUGAACAAGAUAUACGCUGAAAAGGGGCGACACGAAACCAUCUGGAUUAUCCUCCGUAAAUACCACUACACCGACAGCCUGAGCCUCGAGGACAGGUUUUUGCAUCCCAAGCUGGACGUUCCCGAAUACUGUUCGGUGGAACUGAGUCCGAUCGGCUACAGAUUCUUUGUGGACCUGUUUCUGCUCUUUGACAAGGACAAUGACGGCGGACUGAAUGACCAGGAGCUCGGAGCCCUUUUCUCGCCCACACCAGGUCUACCCUCGUCCUGGGUUGACUCGUGCUUCCCUUGCUCCACGGUGCGAAACGAGGCCGGCCAUAUCACGCUGCAAGGCUGGCUGGCGCAGUGGAGCAUGACAACCUUGCUGGAACCAAGAACGACAAUCGAGUAUCUGGCGUAUCUGGGUUUCGAGUCCCCCGACGCCAAAAACGGCAUAAUCGCGGCCCUCAAGGUGACAAAGUCUAGAAAACGAAGAAGAAGACCGGGAAAGGUCGAGAGGAAUGUCGUUCUUUGUUAUUUGGUCGGUGCGCCCGGGGCCGGCAAAUCGUCUCUUCUCGACGCCUUCCUCAACAGACCUUUUGAUCGGCUCUAUCAUCCGACAAUCAAGCCUCGUCGCGCAGUCAACAGCGUGGAACUUCCGGGCGGUAAGCAGGUUUACCUCAUCUUUGAAGAACUGGGCGAGCUCGAGCCGGCCAUCCUGGAAAACCAAUCCAAACUGGACGCCUGCGACCUGAUUUGCUAUCUCUACGACUCUUCUGACCCCGAUUCCUUCUCCCACAUUGUCGACAUGAGGACCAAGCACCCGCAACUCGACGAGCUGCCAUCCGUGUAUACCGCUCUCAAGGCGGAUAAAGACAAGACGACCCAGCGGAGUGAGCUGCAGCCCGACCAAUACACCUCGUCACUCAACAUGAACACGCCGCUCCACGUCAGCGUGACCUGGAACAGCAUCACUGAGCUCUUUGUAACCCUUGCGGAGACCGCCACCAACCCGAGCAUGGGUUUCCCAAAGACGGAAGAGGAGGCUCCCGAUCGUACCAGCUUAUACAUGGCUCUCGGCGCAACAGCCUGCGCGGCCGUGGCGGCCGUCAUGAUAUGGCGCCGCUCUACCAACUCGGCAUAA